AUGGCCACCAACAUUGGACGACCCAAUCCCGCUGAGGGUGUUUCUACCCCUGCGCAGACCCCAGCCGCAGAUGCGCCCGCGAGCGCUGAUGCUCCCAAAGCCAAGAGCGAGAAAGAGUUAGAAAAGGACCGCAAAAAGGCCGAAAAGGUUGCGAAGCUCGAAGCGAAAAAGGCAAAGGCUGCUGUUCAAGCCGCCAACGCGGUCGCCAAUAAAGAGAAAAAGGCCAAAAAAGAAAAGGCGGACGAGCCCGAGGUCCCCCCCUACGUCGAAGACACACCGCCCGGAGAGAAGAAGCGUAUUCGAUCGUUUGAAGACCCCAACUUCAAGGCAUACGACCCCAUUGCCGUUGAGUCGGCGUGGUACACCUGGUGGGAGAAGCAGGGCUACUUUAAGCCCGAGUUCAAGUCUAAUGGUGACGUUAAGGACGAGGGCAGCUUCGUCAUUGUCCACCCUCCUCCUAAUGUCACUGGUGCUCUGCACAUGGGCCACGCCCUGACCGACUCGCUGCAAGACAUGAUGAUCCGCUGGAGCCGCAUGCAUGGCAAGACGACGCUGUGGCUCCCCGGCACCGACCACGCCGGUAUAUCUACGCAGUCUGUCGUCGAGAACAUGCUGUGGCGUCGCAAACAGCAGACCCGGCACGAUCUCGGCAGAGAAAAGUUUAUCGAGACUGUCUGGGAGUGGAAGGAGGACUACCAUCAGCGCAUCAACAAGGCACUGACCCGACUAGGUGGCUCGUUCGACUGGUCCCGCGAAGCCUUUACCAUGGACGAGAGCCGCUACGCCGCCGUCAUGGAGAACUUUGUCCGCCUUCAUGAGGAGGGCAUCAUUUACAGAGCCAACAGACUGGUCAACUGGUGCACAAGACUCAACACGACGCUGUCGAACCUGGAAGUCGACAACAUGGAGCUGACUGGGCGCACACUUCUCGAGGUUCCUGGUUACGACAAGAAGGUUGAGUUUGGUGUCAUCGUCCAUUUCAAGUAUCCCAUUGAGGGCUCUGACGAGACCGUCGAAGUAGCCACCACCCGUAUCGAGACCAUGCUUGGCGAUACCGGCAUCGCCGUCCACCCCAAGGACACCCGCUACACUCACCUCGUCGGCAAGAACGCUAUCCACCCCUUGAUUCCCGGCCGCAAGCUGCCCAUCAUCGCCGAUGAGUAUGUCGAGAUGGACUUUGGUACCGGUGCCGUCAAGCUCACCCCUGCUCACGACCCCAACGAUUUCACUCUCGGACAGCGCCACAACCUCGAGUUCAUCAAUAUUCUCAACGACAACGGUCUGAUGAACGAGAAUGCCGGUCCCUACGAGGGCCAGAAGCGCUUCGAUGUCCGCUACAGCAUCCAGGACGCGCUGAAGGAAAAGGGCCUGUAUGUCGACAAGAAGGACAACGCCAUGAAGGUCCCCAUCUGCAGCAAGUCCAAGGAUGUCAUUGAGCCCAUCAUGAAGCCCCAAUGGUGGGUCAAGAUGACGGACAUGGCCGCUGAAGCCGUCAAGGUUGUCAAGAACGGCGAGAUCAAGAUCCGUCCCGAGAGCGCGGAGAAGGCUUACUACCGCUGGAUGGAGGACACCCAGGACUGGUGCAUCUCCCGACAGCUCUGGUGGGGACACAGAUGCCCCGUUUACUUUGCCAAGAUCGAGGGCGGCUCUGACCUACCCGAGGAGGAGCUGUGGUUCUCUGGCCGCACUAAAGAGGAGGCCGAGGCCAAGGCCAGCGCUAAGCUCCCUGGCAAGAAGUUUACCCUUGAGCAGGACGAGGAUGUCCUCGAUACUUGGUUCUCGUCUGGUCUGUGGCCGUUCAGCACUCUGGGCUGGCCCAAGAAGACGCACGACCUUGAAAAGUUGUUCCCCACGAGUGUUCUCGAGACUGGUUGGGAUAUCCUGUUCUUCUGGAUUGCUCGUAUGAUUAUGCUAAGUUUGAAGCUGACCGGCAAGAUUCCCUUUGAGGAGGUCUUCUGCCACAGCCUGGUCCGUGAUUCCGAAGGCCGCAAAAUGUCCAAGAGUCUGGGCAAUGUCAUUGACCCUCUCGAUGUCAUUUCCGGUAUCCCCCUGCAGACCCUGCACGACAAGCUGGCGCUAGGCAAUCUACAUCCCACCGAGGUCGAGCGAGCGACUAGGUACCAAAAGACUUCGUUCCCCGACGGCAUCCCCCAGUGCGGCGCCGACGCCCUGCGCUUCACCAUGAUCAAUGCAACCACCGGCGGCAGCGACAUUAACCUGGAGAUCCGCUCCAUCUACGGCUAUCGCAAGUUCUGCAACAAGAUCUUCCAGGCCACCAAGUACGUCCUAGGCAGCCUGCCCGCCGACUUUGUCCCCUCGAAACAGGGCGCCGUCCCAGGCAAGACGCUGGCCGAGCGCUGGAUCCUGCACAAGAUGAACCAGGCCGCCAAGGAGGUCAACGUUGCCAUUGCCGACCGCGAAUUUUCCAAGUCGACAGGCAUCAUUUACAAGUACUGGUACAGCGAGCUCUGCGACGUCUACAUUGAGAACUCCAAGUCCAUCAUCCGCGACGGCACCCCCGAGGAGCGCGAGUCGGCCAUCCAGACCCUCUACACGGCCCUCGAGGCGGCUCUGACCAUGAUCCACCCGUUCAUGCCCUUCAUCAGCGAGGAAAUGUGGCAGAGAAUGCCGCGCCGCCCCAGCGACGAGACUAAGUCCAUCAUGAUUGCCAAGUACCCUGUCUACAACUCGGUCCUGGACGACCCCCAGUCGGAGACUGCUUACGAGCUCGUCCUCGACUGCGUCAAGGCCGCCCGCUCUCUGACAUCUGAGUAUGCCAUCAAGGAGAACGCCGACGUCAUUAUCCAAACCUUUACCAAGACCGCCGAGGAGACAUGUAACAAGGAGCUCAUCUCCAUCACAUCGCUGGCGGGCAAGGCCGUCAGCAAGAUCAACACCCUCAGCGCCGACGCCGCCCGUCCCGCCGGCUGCGUCGCCUACCCCGUCUCCACGGCGGCGACUGUCUUCCUGCACGUCAAGGGCCACGUCGAUAUGGACGCCGAGAUUGGCAAGGCCCAGAAGCGCCGCGACAAGGCCACGCAGAGCAUCAAGCGCCAGGAGAAGCUCCUCGCCGACGCUGUGUAUCUGCAAAAGGCCUCGGAGGAGGUCCGCGCGGCCGACGAGAAGAAGUUGGCAGAUGCCAAGCAGGAGCUCGCCAGCUUCGAGGAGACGAUCAAGCAGUUUGAGCAGCUCAAGCUGGAGUAA